AAGAGGGUAAACAUUAUAAAUUAUAAAGUAAUAAAACCGUAUAAUAUUUCUUACAUGUUAAGAAGAAAAAACAUGGUUGCAAUUGUUAAAUUUAUUUAUUUUAUUAUUAUUUUUCUUUCUUUAAUUCUUGUUGCAGUGAACUCUGGAAAUUCUAUUGAUUGUCACCAAGAUUUUCACUGUCCAUAUGAUAUGUGCCCACAUCCUUUAAAUCCGAAGUGUUUUAUUGUGCCCUUUUCUGAAAGUGGAAUAUGUGCAUGUCGUUAAUUGAAAGAUGUGCACUUAUGCUCUUCCUACAAAUUUCUAUGACUGGCCAUUAGUUAUUAAAUUGGCUUCUAAUAAUUAUAUAUAAGGACUUUGUAUUCUAACAGAAUAGUAAUGAAAUAGAAUAAAACAAUAACUAAUAUUAUUAAGUCGUUUUUUUUUGUGUGCGCAGAAAUACACACAAAUUAGAUUAUUUAGGAUGGGAGGACUAAUAAUAAAUUAUUAAUAAUUUGUAUUAAAAUAAAAAAAUCAUAGUAUUUAAAAUUUAUUAAGUUAAUUUUGUUUGAUGAUAAAUACACAAUAUAUAAAUAAAAGAGGGACAAAAUCGUCCACCAAAAUACAAAUAAAUGUUUAUGAGAUAUUACAUGAAUUUAAAGUUAAUUUGUUUAAAUUGUACUCUACCAAUGUGUUUAAAGAAGGUCUAGGUGAGUGGAUGUAAGAUGUGUUUGUGUAUUGUUUUUGUCUAACUUGCGAGCAAAUCAUAUUAUUAUGAGUUUUCUUAGUUGGAUAGUUAUUUUCACGAUGAUAGAUUUUACUUAUAAAAAUAAUUAAAUUUUUAAUCAAAAAAUUAAAUAUAUAGAUGAAAGAGGAAAAAUAAACUGCACACUAAAAUAAAUAAAUAAAACUUAUCAAAUUCUACAUCAUAACCAAACGCCUAGUGAUAGUGGACUAAAAAAAGUCUGAGGUGUCCCAAAAAAUUAAACUAAAAUUUAUAUCAUAAUAUAUAUAAAAUAUCUAAAUUAUAAUAAAGACAAAGUUGAAUAUCAAAUAAAUAUUAUUUAAAAAUAACUUAAACUAAUGCUCACAAUCAAUACUCGAGGAUUUUUCUUUCAAUGUUAACUAUCAUGUAUUUUUUAGAAAACCGGUUUCUAUUUUACUUCUCAAUUUUCUCUUAAUAAUUUUCGUUGUUGAAAAAGAUCUUUCAGUAGUCACUGUAGAUAAUGAGGGAGACAUGACAAGGAGAAGCAGUUUAUAUAUCAAUCCAAUAGUAAAUUUUUUUCUUUUCACUUGCAACCCAAAAUGAACAUAAGUAGAAGCAUUUUUUUCUAAAUCCUAGCAGAGCAAGCGAUUUUGAAAUGAGCCCUAUGCGUGGUCGGCCAAGGAAAAUGGCGGCGGCGCAGACACCUCCGAUGAGCGUUCGACUAUUCUCAUCAGCUUCCUCAUCUCACGGAAAGACAAUCAACACUCAGCUAGUUGUACCAGACGAAGUUCUUGAAGCGGUUAUUGAAGAGGACAACGAGGAAAAUGUAAAGGACAAGACCAAAACUCCAAGACCAUGGGUGGAUGUUACAAGGGAUAAUCGGUUACCUCAAAAUGGACUGAACAUUGAAUACACUCCACCAACAAUUGUCAAUGGUGAACUUGAGGUAAUCAUCAACGAACAGGACAUCCAAUCUGAAAUUAAGUAUUGGGAAAACUCUUUGAUAAUGUAUGUUCUAGAGGGAGAGCUAACAAUGAAUGCUGUAAAGGGCUUUAUGAUGAAUGUUUGGAAUUUCGUAACCUUGCCCGAUCUUUACUAUAAUGAAGAAUGUUAUUUCAUUAUACGAACGGAAUCCAAGACUGAUAAAGAUGCAAUAUUGAUGCGAGGGCCGUACACCAUAUUUAGGAAACCUAUGUUCCUCCAUGAAUGGAAAGCAAAUUUCAAGUUCAAGGAGGACGUAAUUAGGACAGUUCCUAUCUGGGUGAUGCUACAUCAACUACCUCUGGUGUAUUGGGGAGAAAAUAGCAUUGGGAAAAUUGCAAGCUUCCUAGGGAGGCCAAUUACUACUGAUGAGUGUACUGCAAAGAAAAAGAGAGUCUCCUAUGCAAGAAUCCUCAUUGAAAUAGACAUUACUACUGAAUUGAAAGAGAGCAUUACCAUCCGCGAUCCACGAGGUAACAAGUUUAGCCAACCUGUGGAAUAUGAGUGGAAACCACUCUUUUGCAAAUCCUGUGGAAAAGUGGGGCAUAAUUGUGAGCAAAAGAAAGACAGAGGAAAGCAAAAAAAGAUUUGGCAUGCUAAACAGAAACAAGACAAUCCUCUAGAACCAGUGGUCAAACCUACUGAAGUUACUACUGAAGACAUAGAGACCACUGAAGAAUCCAGCAUUCCGUGGACAACAGUUGGGCAUACCAGUAGAACCAAAGGAAAAGGAGCAACAUAUGACGAUGGCACAAUGCCCCAGCCUAGGGUGAACCAUGUUGGUUGUAGUAACAUUUUUGAAGUGUUGGGGGAUGGAACUGAGCAUGGAAAGUUUCCUCCAUGAUUCUCACUUGGAAC